AUGCAAUCAACAAAACAUUUGGAAAGUAGUAGCGAUGACAUGGAAGAGAUACCGACAGUGAACAUAAGAGUAGACAAAGAAGAAGAGAAAGACAUUGUGGAUACCAUCGAAGCAGUGUCUAGUAUUGAAAGAAUCACAACGGAAGAGGAGAAAGAACUAGAAAAAUGUGAAGAAGAAUUGGACGAAGACUUCCAAAACUUUGUGGAUGAAAGAAACGACAUUCACAGAGACAAGAUACUACUCAAAGACACGCUGCUCAAAUUUGAUGAAUACAUUGCGAUAACCAAUGAAAAAGACAAGAGAAACGAAGAGAAAAUAUUUGAAAUGGAAGAACUGUUGAAUCAAAAAACUGAGCAACUACGCAUAUUCUGCAUGCAAGUGAACGUGUUGGAGGCAGAAAGUGAGAGACAGCUCAUCGAACACAGAGCCAAAGUAAGUGUUCUAAAGUUAGAUUACAGCAGGGUAGUAACCAUAAGCCAACAAUUGCGCAACAUGCUAAAGUACGCCGCAAAUACUGCGGAGUACGAAGACAAAAAUCUACUGCUAAGCAACAUAGAGCACAAUGUUCAGGAGGCUCACGAUGUGAUCAGAGAGGCGACUAGAAGCCGCAAUAGCUACAAAAGAAAAUAUGAGACACUCUUAGAAACUCAUGAGGAUCAGCGAAUCCUCUAUGACUUACAGGACGACACUAAGAACUAUCUCAAAGAACUUGAACGACAUGAGGAUCCAGAUCACUUGGAGAAAAAGGCAAAAUUCAUGUUGACAAGGAUCAUAGCGUAUGAAGAUCGAGUGUACGGAGCAGAGGCUAGGUGCCAUAGCCAAAUGAACGAUAACGAAAAACUUAACCGUGCUAUGCACAAUGACAGAUCUAAGCCCAUACAUGCUCCUCAGGAGCAUUGCAUGAUCUGUGAAAAAUAUCGCCAGCACAGGGAAAGAAUCAUAAAUACCAGGCGAGUUGAAGAUGGUCAAAAAGCAAAGAUUGAGAGAAAUAAAAUGGUGGCGAUGUCAAACAGCAAAGAUAUCAGAAUCAACUUGAACAAUCAGUUUGAAAAAGAAUAA